CGCAAAGCUAUGGUGAGCUGCAAUAAAGCCAUUUUCCCAGUAUGGAGUUGCUGCAUGAACAAGAUUCUUUUAGUAUUCACCACAGUACUCACAAACCACCAGCUGUUUCAGCCUCAUAAGGAAGUGCCUUCUCUCCCAAGCAAUGAUGGAGAAUGAAGUCUUGGCAUCUUUUGUUUUCUUCAGCACUUUACUGAUCCUGAAAAUGUAUGCUCUGGCCAUCAUUACUGGGCAAGUCCGGCUUCGGAAGAAGGCAUUCGCCAACCCUGAGGACUCCUUACGGCACGGAGGGCUGCAGUACCAUAGGGAAGACCCAGAUGUGGAACGAUGCCUCAGGGCUCACCGCAAUGAUAUGGAGAACAUCUACCCCUUCUUGUUUCUGGGGGCUGUCUACUCCUUCCUGGACCCCAACCCAGCUCUGGCCCGGAUCCACUUCCUGAUCUUUUUCGUUGGCCGGAUGGUCCACACUGUGGCUUACCUCCUGAAGCUGAGAGCCCCUACGCGGUCUGUGGCCUACGGCGUUGCUCAGCUCCCCUGCUUUUCCAUGGCCCUACAGAUCAUCUUUGCCCUUCUAAAACACUGGUGAAGGUUCAUUGUCCAGGCAGAAGUCUGAUUGACAGGGGUUGGAAUGAAUCCAGAAAGCGGCUUGUUUCCAGCGAAGGGGGAGGCUCCUCCAGUUGUCUUGCUGCGGCACCUGGGCUUCCUGGGCUGAGACAGACCCCUGAUCACUUGCAAAUGUACCACAUUCUGGAAUCUUCCUUCCUGCAGCGGAAGGGUAGGCUGUGCAACACGAGGCCCCGGACCACCCAUUCUCAGUAAAAGCAUAUCCAAGAAAGCAGGACCAAACCUCUAGUACUUCAACUGGAUUUUGGCAUGGUGGGGUCGGAUGUCUUAUUGGGGAGUAGAGGGGGCUACCAUUGGGACAACUAUGCCAAGGUGGUUAUAGCUUAUUUCAGAGGGAGGAGUGCACUGAGAGCCUGUUUGGUGUAGUGGUUAAGAGCGGUGGGACUCUAAUCUGGAGAGCCGGGUUUGAUUCCCCACUCCUCCAUAUGAAGCCAGCUGCGUGACCUUGGGCCAGUCACAGCUCUCCCAGAGCUCUCUCAGCCGCACCCACUUCACAGGGUGAUUGUUGUGAGGAUAAUAAUAACAUACUUGUAAACCGCUCUGAAUGGGUAUUAAGUUGCCCUAAGGGCCGUAUAUAAAUCAAAUGUUGUUGUUAUUAUUCUCCAGUUUAAAUUAUCGAGAUAGAUCUCACUCGAUUUCUUACUAUUGCUUGUGGAAAGUUUUUUUUGGGAGGGGGCAGUUUCUAUCUCCAGUAUGUGACCUGAUUCUCCACACUUGGACCCCCCUGUUGAUUUCAGAACUGUUAUGAGAGUGGUCAGUGCCAUUCUUCUCACUUCUGGGAUACGUCUGUGUCUCCCCCAGACCCAUUCCUCUUUGGUCUCUGGCUGGACUGUCUUUAAAAGCAGCCACGCACAAACACCCUCUGUGAUCUUGCUGCAAGGUCUUGGGGGGCUCCUGCUCUGUGGCCCUGGCACUAGCCACAGCUGAGAAUGGCCCAAUACCCAUGCAUCAGCAUGGCUUCUGCUUAGCCAGCUCCUGUUUUUUGGUUACCCCUUACUGUGUGGAUGACUGCCAGGGAGGCUGUACAAUUCUUGGUUUUUCAGACUGAAUCCAACCCUGUGCACUACUACCAAUGGUGGCCCCUCUACCCAGUGGGCAGUGAAAACAUUAGGCUGGUGUUUUGUUUAAAUCUGUAUGACACACCAUUCUUGCAGAAGUCCCUAACUGGAACUAAGAAAUCUCAAAGCAGUGUCUCUGGCAGAGAUGUAAUGGACAACCUCCUCUGAGCACUGCCAGUUCCAUUAUAUAUCUCUUUUGCAUUCCCAGUGGCACUCAAGCCGGAAACAUGACCGAAUUACCCACCCCUAGAGAAGGAAGGAAAGAUGGAGCCAGUGCAUUGAAUCAUGCAGAGACAGAACAGGCAGCUCCUUCCAUUAAUGUGUUCUUUGGGAUCACUUGAGCCUCUAAUUUUUUCCCUCUCUCUGUCAUGGCACAGUCAUCAUUUUUGAAGUAUGCAGUUUGGGGGUUCAGGCCCCAUGGGCACAUGCAUACUGCUACAGUCAGAACUGUUUGGUGGCAAGAGAUUAAAGGAAGAGCCUUAUUUUGCAAAAAGAAGUGGUGUACAUGAUAGAGUUGUUUGGACCACAGAUGUAGAUUAGGCCUGGCACACCCCACCCAUCUGGGCUUGUGUGUAAUCUUCAUAAUAUUGUAAAGAGGUUAAAAAAAACCCCAAGAAUCUGUUUAUCACGUUGAGCAAAGUGUCUUUGCUCUCCGGAUGCAUCAAACUGAACUGCAAUUUUUUUUCAAACAAUACAAGAAUUUUUAUUACCCCCAAAGCUGGGCAGCUUACUCGAAAGCCUCCACACUGCUGAUCUUCCUCCAGACUAUGCCAUAGUGGGGUCAGGGUGGGGCAGAGUGCUGGGCAUACUUCCUGGGCCUCCCUCCACCCAUACAAGAUGUUUGGGGUGGGGGGAAGGGUCCACCGUGCCCUCCUGUGGUAUGGAAACUGCUGUCUCUGGGUGGUGGCGAUAGGGUCAGGUCCCCUUGGUGGAACUGGGCUCACCCCAUGGAGUGAUGCAGUUGCAACAGCUUACCCUGGACUUUAUAGGAGCACUGGAGGAAAAGGAGCCAUUGCAAAUUGGUUGCUGCCAGCAAGGGGGGUGUUCACGCACACAUGUUAGCAAAGAACUGGAACACACACACACACACACACACAGGUACUUCACUUUUAUUUGUUACCAGCCCCUUUCCAAAAUGACUUUCUUGCCAAUAAAUCUGCUGCAGGUUGGCAAAGGAUUUGGGGAAGCAUUCUGGUGCAUAUGCACAGCACCUGUGGGGAGCUCAUGUGCCUGGCUGGGCUUCACCUUAGCUUUGCUUGGAACAAAGAUCUCCCUCCUAGAGCCGGUUUGGUGUUGUGGUUAAGAGCGGUGGGACUCUUAUCUGGAGAACCAGGUCUGAUUCCCCCCUCCUCCGCUUGAAGCCAGCUGGGUGACUUUGGGUCAGUCACAGCUCUCUCAGAGUUCUCUCAGCCCCACCCACCUCACAGGGUGAUUGUUGUUGUGGGGA